CUCGUCGGAGGAGGUCCUGUUUGUGCGAUGACGUCAUUGAGUGGUGAAGUCAAUUCGACUAAGUUGAAGUUCAGUGUGGAGAGUAUAUUGAGCAAUGAGAACAGAAGUGCGUCAGUGGUCGAACCGCCCCGACAGGAGCCCCCGUGCGCGGGCUGUGUAGCAGCUCUAUAUAGGUGCUGUAGGGAUGAACCACCUAUACUGCAGCUGCCUCUGCCUCUAUCAUACACACAUUUACAUCCAGCACUAAGGCCUACAACUGUGUACCGCCUUCCUAUAUCGUCGCCGCCACCUCAGCAGCAGCCGGCGCCGCGGUGUGACGUCUCCUCCAGCGGCAAGAGGAAGCGCUCCUGGUCCCGGGCGGUGUUCAGUAACCUGCAGAGGAAAGGCCUCGAGAGGCGCUUCCAAAUACAGAAGUAUAUAACGAAGCCGGACCGGCGGCAGCUCGCCGCUACCUUAGGACUCACUGAUGCUCAGGUGAAGGUAUGGUUCCAAAAUCGCCGCAUGAAGUGGAGGCACACGAAGGAGGGAAGAGGCGCCGCGCCGCCCCCGCCGCGCCCCCCCGGGGCCGACCUCGAGACCGACGACAACGAGGACAUAGACGUGGACACGCUCAGCGACUGACUACGAACUAUUUCGGUCUAGCCUAACUUAGCCUCUCGGAUAUAACGCAGUUGGUGCCUUUUCACGUUUUCCUGUUACCGGCAUUCUUUUUUAUGAAAGAUGAUAUGGUGUACU